CACUAAAAAGGUAAGAGAGUCCUAGGAUUCGAGAGCGCGUGAUAAAAUUUUACAUUACAUGUUAAGUCUAUCCUAUACCUCGUCUGUGGUCAAAACAUAUCACUUUUCAAUAAUUUCCGUUGAGCGGUUAAGUUGAAGUACAAUUCAAUGUGAGCUUUACGUUUCUGUACAUACGAUAAAAUGGAAAAAUUCCGAAACGAAUACAAGAGUAGACGUUUUGGUUUCGGUAACACAGGCGAGUCACAAUUCAUUCGAACGGAGAAACGUGAAAAGUGGCGUAAAAGUAAAAGAGCUGAGAUAUUUAAUGAAAACAGAAAUCUUUUGGAUAGCUCGGUAACCACAGCUCACAGUGAAGGAAAUAAGAAAUCUCCUGUAGUUGAAAAUCGUAUGACACAACUACUAAAAUGGAAAACAAAGCGUGAACUUCAGAAAAAGUUAGAGCAAAUAAAGAAGAAACGGCCUUUUGUAGUUGGAACUGUUCAUCAUAAUAUAUAUUCACCAGGAAUGAAAAAUGAACUUUUUGCACCGGGUCUGACAAAUAAGAAGGUAUGUAAAUCAAACGUAUCAGUGGCUCCAUUGGUCCCACCAAAAAGAAUUACAAGAGCCACAGAGAAACGAUUAAUAUACAAAACACAAGUAAAUGAGAUAACAAAAGUUCAAACAAAAUCCACAUUUCCUGAGAACAAACAGUCCAAGGUAUCAAACGAAAAAGAAUAUUCCUUUGCUCCAGAGAAUCAUAAAUUUAAGCCGCCGGAAGGACUGCCUCAAGUACCAUUAUUUGGUAGAGUCAGGUGCACUAUGACACCUGUCGUUUCAAAUAAAUCUGUAUCAACAUUUUCAAAAAUUACACGGUCAAGCAGAGGAAAUAAUAAUUCAAACUUGGCCAUAGAACAGAUUAAUAGUAAAAUGUUAAAUACGUCUUAUACUAUUGAAAAGGAGUCAGAUAAUGGUGAUAACACAGAAGAAGGUUUCAUCGAACCCAUUGUAUUAAAAUUAUCUUCUGAUGACGAGAAAAAUGAUGGUAAAAGUGGAGUAAAUAGUGACAAUGGCAGCAAGGAAAAUGAAAAGUUUAAUAAAAGACUCAAUGAUUCUAAAAAGAAUAGAAGACUUGGUGACUCUAAAGAGAAUAAAGAAAUCAGUGAAAAAUUGGACAAUAUUAAAGGUGACAAAAGUGACAAAAAAUUGAAUAACAGUGGUAAAAUGUCUAAUAUCACGAUAAGAGACAAUAUUAAAGAUGUUCAUGAUACAAUAAAUAAUACUUUUAGAGAAACUCGAUCUUCUAUUAACAAUAAUACACCAAAAUCUGUGCAAUCUGGUUCUUCUAGUGAACCUGCUUUCUUUUCACCUUAUAUAGUGUCUAGUCGUGGAAAAAGCAAUGCUAGGAAGGAGCAACAGAUUAAACGUGGCUUCAGCCUUGGUCGUUCAAUGAACAAUGACAUUCCAACAAAGGAGACUGUCAUGAAAAAUCUUAACAUCUCGAUUGACGAGGAAGAAAGAACUGCACAAUAUUUCGAAUUUCUCCUGAACAAAGAAAUAGAUAGACAGAGGAAGCUGUGUGAAAAGUGGAGCAAAAUAAAAGAAGAACCGGGAAUCACGGAAGAUGCCCAAUAUCAAAUUAAUCAGGCUAUUGGACAGACAAAUUUGCUAAUGAAUAAAAAAUUUCAACGAUUUCGUAAUUUAGUUUCCGACUGUGCAACUGGAAAAGGGGAAAUGUUAGUCACUUGUAAUGACUUGCAAGGAUUCUGGGAUAUGAUGUAUAUGGAAGUGGAAAAUUGUGAUAUACGAUUUGAAAAAUUAGAACAACUGCGUUCGCGAAACUGGAAAGAAGAACAAGUGUCCGCAGAGAGUAAACCUAUUAUAAAAAAGAAAGUUUUAAAAAAGAAAGCACUACCUACAAAGUCAAGUAACAUUAGACUUUUUCUAGCAAAAAAGAAACAGAGUAUGGCUGAAAAAACACAAAGUGAUAUUGGUAUGCAAAAAUUUGGAAUUUUAAAUAAUGAAAUUUUGAAUCGUAAAAAUGAACAUAAUGAAAACAGUCUUAGUACUAAAUGCAAAACAAGAAGAUCAAUUGGUCUCAGUGAUAAGAAAUAUACACCUGUAAAGCAUGAUAGAACAAAAUUAAGUUUGCUUGAAAAAGUACAAUUUUCUGAUAAAAAGAAAAUGAAAAGUCCAUUAACCAUAAUGAAAAUAAGUAAAAUGUGUAAAACACCAGAAAUUAAAUUAGACGAUACUAUAUCCUAUAUCAAUUCAAAUCAAACACCAGGAAAAAGUAUAUUAAAACACUUGAAAAAUUAUAAUUGCAUAGGAUCUAGUGUAAAGGCAGUGCAUAAAGUUAAUUUUAAUGAUAGCUUAAUUUUAAAUGAAGAUGAGUUGAGUGAAGAGUUGCAAACAAAAAAGGAUUUAGCUGCUGCAUUUGCUAAAAUCGAUAGUCUUGACUUUGAUUAUGCUAGCGAGGAAACACCAAUUCAUGCAGAAAGGGAACUUACCUUCAAUGACAGUUUUGAAGAAUCUAAAAAUACUACUGAUGCUACCAGAAUAAAGUCUAUAGAAGAAAGUAAGUGUAAACUAAUAAAUGUACCAUCUAUGAAAAUACAAAAUGCAACACCACUCCAAGAAUCAAUAUUGCAUGGCGGAUCAAGUACAUCAGUACCGAGAAGAGUGUUAAGAAGACAAAAUGCUUUACUUGAUACUGAUGACAGUUUAUCAUUGAGUGUUGCAGUGUCGACACCAUUGAAGGAGGUGUCAGAUCUUGUAGAUUUGAACACUUCCCAACAGAAAUUACAAAAGGAUGUAUCUACGAGUGAUACUGAAAAAAUUGAUAAAUAUGAUGACAAUAUAAGGGUGCUAAGGAAUAGAAGCAUCGCUUCAGGAAACUUAUCUAUACAAAAAAAGGAGUUUGCCAAGAGUCUAUGCACAAGUGAGCAAGAGUUUGCGGAUAAAGAAAAUAAAACCUCUAUAAAAAGUAAACGAAAUAGUUUGCUUAAAGUUAGCAUUAAAGAUGAUAAAGUCUUCAAUUCAAAGAUAGAGUUACAUGAUGCUAUCGCUCAAAUGGGUCUACAAGAGAAUACUGGGAAAAGAAGAUCUAGCCGAAAAAGUGUCAAAUUUGAUGAAAAAGAAUGCAAUAGUAGCGUGGUAAAGCCAGCAUUUCCUGUAACUCCUCGUGUUACACGGAGCAGAAAGUCCAGUAAAAGCAAAGGAGAAGUAUAGUAAAUGAAGAUUUUCAUUAUUUCAAUCACAAAAAAGAAUAGUUAUUCGCUUUUUACAUUUAUAUUCAGUUUAUGAAUGUAAGUUUAUGAAUGUGCUUUAUGAAAGUAAUAUGUCAAUCUUAAGCAUCCAACCAGAGUAGUAAAUUGAAGAGUAAAAAAGUACAAUUACCAAAUUAAAAUUAUUUACAUUAUUUGUAUUGCCUUUUUAUAUUGCAAAGACAAUAUAUGUACGUACAUUGAAAGUUGUAUUGUGCAGUGGGUAAUAAUCAUUGGAGAUCAUCACUCACAGCUACCGUAAUUCUUUGAUUAAACAUUUGAUUACAUUAUAUCUGUUGUAUAUUUUAUUACUAUAUCAAAUAAGCGCAUUCGCGUUGUUUGAUACUUUCCGAUGUAAAGAGUUUCGCUUGAUCGUAUUGGUUUGCACUUUUGAGCAGAUUUCUGCAAUAAUGCAUGCCAUUCGAACGACUAAUGAUUAUAAUCUGUUUUUUAUUACAUAGUAUAGUAUAGAAUUGGAGGCACCUCACCAUAAGUAGUAACAGUAGUUUAUUAAGCAUUAACAGUAACAAAAGUACUGUUUGUUUUGGGGCAUAGAUAAUUAAUAGGGAGGAAGAAAGAGACUAAUGUUGAUGAAGUCGAGGAAGGUUAAGACAGAUGAGGCGUUUCGUCUGGGAUUUCUACCAGUGGACUCAUUAAGUAAGGCUUCAGUGGACUCAAGCAGAAACGAGAAAAGGUCGAAGUUCGUGGCCCUUUAUCAGACAAGUGAGAAGUAGACGCCACAGAAUAAAGAAUUUUUGAUAUCGGCAAUAUUCUUAUACUGAUUGUCAUUUAAAAUUUUAAUAUUUUUGAUCCUAAUUCCUAUCACUUGUAGCGCUGUCAUGCAAAACCAGUUGAAGUUGAUAUGACAUAGUAUGACACAUCAAUUUUAUAUAUUUAUUCAUAUUACGCAUGCAUAAUAAUUUACUGUCUUUAUUUUGCUUUCUUUUCAUUCGUGUUUUUAUUUAAAUUACAUUAACGAGCAUGAUUUGAACAUGUGCGUGAAAUACAUAUAAUUUACUUAUUUAAUUAUAAUUAAAAAAUUUUAAUAUGCAAUGAAUCACAAAAAUAUUCGGACACUAGGAUAUGUUUAACUUUAACCAUCCAUAUCUUGGUUAAUUAUGAAAGAAAUUAACUCACACUUAUUUCUUUCAAUAGAAUAUUUAUUGUAGUUUAGCAAUAUGUACAGUUUAAUUACCUAACUUGCUGCAGUAGAGUAAUGUUGUAAAUUAAAUGAGAUUAUAGUAAUUUUUAGCGUUACAAAAAUAUGCGGACAGUUUAUUUCUUUUGCAAUUUAUUUACAAAUAAUACGUGAAUAAUUCGAAAAAAUGUGUGUUUCAGGGAGUACCUUUGUUUACAAAUACGAUGCGUCGGAGUUAGUAUCAAGUUUCGUAUCAAAACAUUUCGUUUAAUCUGUGCCAAUUGGUAAUUUUAAUUGCGAGAAAGGAAAAUCGCAUUGACAAAUCGCUGCUAUACUUAAGGGAGGAAAUACCUUUAGACGGAUGAAAACGAGCUUAUCUUUAUGAAUUUUUUUGUAAAGGAAAGGAUUGUUUUACAUUUUUGAAACUUUGGUUAUCAUUUAUUAUAUUCUUUCUCUAGUACAACGUAUUUUUUGUUUUUCAAAAUAUUUAAAAAUGGCGGAGUUAUGUCUCUGUUUUUCGGGUAGGUUGUGGUGCGACUUAUUAAAUGGUGUAAGCUCUAGCUUUGGCUACAUUGAUUUGAAACAAACCAGCAAGACAUAUUUCGAUAACUAACACUUACAGUUUGUAGAUGAACCUACAGAAAGUGAAAAAUAUUGAAAAUUGAAAAAAUGACACGCUUUUAAACAGAAACUUUGAAUUUUACAUGAAAUUUUCGCCCUAUUUUGCAAUAAAAAGGUACUUUUAUUUACAAUUUAUUUCAUAUUUCUAGGUGCAUAUAGAAGACAAUAUUGUUAUAGAUAUGUGUGCAAAAUUUCAGCAAGAUGGAUUGAGUAGUUUUUGAGUUAUUGAUUUCACCGAUUUCGAAAAUGUAGUUUUGAGAUAAACACCUUCAAAGUUUCGAUAAGUGAUAACUCAAUAAUUUCAAUAACUUAUCUUCUGUUUCCUCAUAGAGCUGAUUUUCCUCCAUACGUUGCUCUCUUCUUGCUUUUCGAGCCUCUUUGGUAGUUAAUGAGGUGCGUCGCUCCUGUCGAAUUAUUCUCUGUUCGUCGAUUUUGUCGGCGUAUGUUUUUGCUUGUUUUCUAAUUACAAUAUUCAAAGCACUCAUAGUUCUUAAAACUGAAGCAUAUCCUUCACUAAAUAAGCCAGCUGCUAAAUAUGCUGCAAUUUCAAUAAUUUUUAUUUCUGAGUGCAGGUGCUUUGGAGUGAAGCGCCAAACGGUUCAGUUGAAACUCUCAUUAUUGUUCUGAGUGUGUCCGCCCAAGCACCUCUCAAGUAGAUUCUCUUCAGAUAAAUCUUCGUAAAUUGGUAGGAUGUGCUUCUGCACGUCUGGAUGUAGUGGUGCAGGAUGUUCUAUAAGGUCCAAAUUUGCUCCUGUAGCUAGAGCUUUCUGCCACUUGCACCAGCUGUCAUUUCCUACCGAGCAGUAUCCGUGCCUUGGAUUUUCUUUGGUGGAGCAUAAGUGAUAAUACGAGGCCAUUAUAGCUUUCUUCAUAUUUUCCACACUAUGAAUAUUUCUUCGUAUGGCUAAGCCAUAGUAUGCGGUGAGUUUUCUGAGAAGCGCAUCAGUCAGCUUGCCUUUUCCACCGAGGUUUUUCGUUUUUUUAAUAUUUCGAAGCCGGCAGUAUUAUAAUUUUUCUUGUAUAACGCAAACAAUGUAAAGUAACAUGUUUACAAUGAUUGAAAGGAGGGAAUUAUAAAAGGCGGGUCCUCCCCUUCGAGCACGUGAAUAUAUACCUGCGGUGGGCUACCGCCUAUGAGUCCCGAUUAUGAGGUAUAGCAUCAGAAGGGCUCCGAAUUUCGCUUUAAAACUUUGGCAUCAUACUCUUAAGAUGUUAUACUAACAUCCUAUAGAAAAAAAAAGAUAUUGCGAUUUUUUAAGAUUCUAAAGGUAUUUCCCCCCUUAAUCUUCAAAAAAGCAUGAUGGCAGUUAUCGUUAAUAGAUUUAAAAAUGAAGAUAGGAUUGAAUCAUUUCCGUAAAGUGAUCGGUCAAAAAUAAUAAAUGAAAUAGAAAAACGGAAGAUUAUUCGGAAAAUAGGAGAAAACCCACGACUAAGUGCUUCUGCAUUAACAGCUGAACUUUGAGAAGAAAAUGAGAAAUCUGUAAAUGCACAAACAGUUCAACGGCUACUUAAAGAAAAUGGUUAUAAUGGGAGAGUGGCAAUAAAGAAACCGUACAUUAGUGAAGUAAAUAAAAAGAAACAUUCAAAUUUCACAAAAGAAAUGAUUUCGAAGGUAAAGAAA